AUGUCCAAAACCAAGUCACAAAUAAUCACAUUAGCCGAAGUUAGUGCACUUAAUAAGAACAAUCAAAGAGAAAAGCCAAUUGUUUGGACAGAUUUUGGGGUCUACCUUGACAAGAAAUUAGAACACCACAUAGAUCCGAACGAUAAAAAAAGAUCAGCUGCAGCUAGUUUAUCUGGAGAUAGUUCGUUUUUGUCUCAAAAUAUUAAUUAUAGAAUUUGCAAAUCCUGUGAAAGACCAGUUGGAGAACAGAGCUUACGUUCUCACUAUCUGAAGUGUAUAGAAAUGAGACACCGGAAACAAGCAGAGCUGAACUCAAACACAAAUUCGGAGACGAUAAAGAAGAAGAGGGGAAGAGCAACCAAUUCUCUUUUGGAUGUUGAUAACUCUUCGGUAGACUCAUCGAGGAAUAGUACACCUAAUCCGGGCACACCUAGUGGCUCGGGAAGACCCAAGAAGAAAUAUAAAAAGUCGCAGAGCCAGAAGGAAAAAGAAGCAGCUAAUGCAGCAGCAGCUGCAGCUGCUGCUGCAGCGGCUAGCACCGAUGGAACUUUAUCAGCUGGAUCUGAUAAUGUUGUAUCAAAAAAGAAAAAGCAAACUAAGCCCAAAACAACUGCUAAGCCGAAGGGUCCAGUAGAUGUCGAAAAACAGUGUGGAGUUCCAUUACCAUCUGGUGGCUUCUGUGCUCGAUCUUUAACCUGUAAAACACAUUCGAUGGGUGCUAAGAGAGCAGUUAUGGGCCGGAGUGCGCCUUACGAUGUAUUGUUGCAACAAUAUCAGAAAAGAAACCAAGCAAAAUUGGCGGCUAAUAAUGCUCUUGCUGCUCAAAGAAGGGAAAAUGCAGCAUUCCACGGCAACGGUAGUGCCUUUAAUGAGGAUCUAAAUGGUACUGGUUACAGCAAGAUUCUUGAUCCAGAUGAGGAGACACACUUAGUUUUGGAAGGACUAUCAAAGAAUAAUCCAAUGCCUUUGGAAGAGAAGGUUAUAAUGUCUACUAGGUACCGUCACAGAUUUUUAGCUAUGAGAGAAUUUUACGCGGACUCUUUGAUCACAUCUGGAGGAAAUAGUGGCCAGAAUGGACAAGCAGGUGCGCAAAACAGUGAACAGACAUUAGCAAAUCAAGCAAUUUCGGGUUCCAUCGGAGGCUUGCAAGGUCGCUGUGCCUUAAUCAACGUUGAUACGAACUCUGAGAGCACCCAAUCAAUUUCUUCUGUAAGCGGAGAGAUGUAUCAGGUAAGAGCACCCCUGAAGGCUGUCCUUUUAACAGCUCAAUAUAAUGCUAUGCAACAACAAAUGUUCCAGCAGCAAGUUAUGAAGCUCCAACAGCAACAACAGAUGCUUUUGAGACAACGCCAAGCAAGAGCAGCGGCUGCAAAACAGGAUCAGUUACCGGCAAGUACAAAAUAA